CCUACUCGACUACUGCACGAGCUUGGUAAGCAAUGGGGCGAAGCGAAGAUGUCUCGGAGCUCGACUCCAAUCCAUCAUCUUAGCAUCAUAUAAUAGUGUGUAACAUACCUUUUCAGUCGCAUGAGCGCUUUUAAAGCUAUUAUCAUUAGAUCUUUAUUUUAAAUCGAAAAUGCUCUGCAAUAUCUGUAAAGACUCUCUAGAAAGUAUAGGGAAAUUCACGCAGAAUUGCCUGUACAAAUUACAUACUAAAAAGACAUCUGAUACUUCUAAUUCUUCCGGAAACACGCGUCCCUUGAAGGACUGCUGGUGUGUAUACGAUAAUCACCGAUAUGGUCAUCACCGUGAUGAGGAUUCUUUCAUACGCUCGGCACAGCAAGGCUGUGUCAUGUGCAGCGAUUUCCCUUUUUAUGAUGAUCAAACUAGGCAGAGUAUUGGAUUCAAAGAUUUUGGUUUCUUCAGCACUUUCAAGUUUUCAUUCGAUCGUGACAUAAUACCAUGUAUGACCGUCGAUACCAGCCGGGGGUCAAAGACAAUUGAGCUUGUCCCGGCAAAGUUACUCUCGGGUGGUUUACUCAAUUUUAACCUCAGUGGUUCCACGAAUUCUGCUCAGACGUGGUCAAUUAUUUCCUACUGGAUCCGGAUGUGCUCACAGUUUCACGACCGAUGCAAAUUAAAAGCCGGAAAUAAUGCAUAUAAACCGACCCGAUUACUAGAAAUAAACUACUCUAAAGAUUCCUAUUCAUCAGAACUUCCGACCUUUCGGUUGGUAAACGGGGAGGAUUGUCCUCAGGGGUCGUCAUAUGCUACGUUAAGCUACCGAUGGGGCGAUAAGCCUUUAGAAAGGACUAUUCGGCUCUUGAAGCAUACAUUCACCUGGCUGGAGAUGCCAAACACUAUUAACUUCAAUUUACCCAAGACAAUUCAAGACGCUAUGUAUAUUACACAUCGCCUUGGUAUCCAAUACUUGUGGAUCGAUCGACUUUGUAUCUACCAGGAUUCGAUGGAAGACUGGCACAGAGAAGCCGGUACAGUGCAAGAUGUGUAUCGGAACGCAUCUUUCUGCAUAUCUGCUCUUAGCGCUGAGGAUGAUGAGGGGGGUUGCUUCUUCGAUCGCGACCCAUCUCUAGUUGCUCCCACACCCAUCAGGUUACAUGGUGAGAGACGGUCGUACAGAGCCGAGCUCGAAGACAUGGCAUGGUCUACAGCAUUUCAUAACGAACCUCUUCUACAGAGAGGAUGGGUUCUUCAAGAAAGACUUAUGUCUCCUCGCACCAUCUACUUCGGAAGGAAACAGGUCUAUUGGGAAUGUGCGGAAUGUCACGCAUGUGAAACGCACCCAAGAGGAUUCGGAAAAUUUGCUCCAAGCGACGAGCCCCGGAAAAAACAGGAUGAUGCCGACUUUUGGUUAUGGAAGCAACUCAUUGCCAUUCCGGCUCUGCCACAUACCACGACGGACCCCCAAGCAAGGAUUCUUGCGAAUUGGAGCGCUACAAUGAGCCUGUAUUCAAAUACCAAACUCACUGUAUCCGCCGAUAAAUUAGUAGCCGUGUCUGGGCUAGCAAAAGACGUUAGAAGGGCAUUAAAAGACGUCAACCUCGGGAGACAUCGAUAUUUAGCGGGACUUUGGGAAGAAGUGUUAAUGCAGACGUUGGUGUGGUACGUCAGGGUUGGCUCCCCUGCUCAUCGUCCAACUAGACAUCGUGCGCCUUCUUGGUCAUGGGCAAGUCUCGAUGGCCAUCUCAUCAUACCAGACACAUUCCUCGAAGAUACGACUGAACUAAGUACUCUAUUAUCGGCCGAUAUGGAGUUCCUUAGCAAAGACGACACCCGAGAGGUGAAAAGCGCAACGCUGACGCUAUAUGGACCGACGUGUCUUGUCACUACCCAGGCCUCAUCAUAUAAUCAAUACGCGGCAAGGUCGUUUCGGCGCCUCGACAGUAACUUUUCUAUUGAAUGCAAUGGAGCCGAUGACUCCUGGUUAAGCAAGCCCACGGUGAUUUUCGAUACUAUAGAUGAUUUCCGCAACGAGUUGGUCUGUAUCUGGCUCGUGGCUCAACCGGCGUCCCUAGCUGGCUGGCAAGCAUCUGGUCUAGCGCUGCAAUGUGUAGGCCUCAAUAUGUAUCGGAGAUUAGGGACUGUUUCUUGCUAUCAUUCAACACAGGCUAGAUUGGAACAGUUCGUUGAUAUUUUUCCGCGGACGGAAGUUAAAAUUAUUUGAGGCGGACGAACCCCGACAUCGUAAGAUAUAUGAAAGAUGUGGCCAAAUGCGGCAAGCCACUUACGAGAGCCGAUCGUCUUCAAUUCCCGCAGGUGGCACUUCAAC